AUGACUGACUUUGCAUCGCCACCGACGUUGGUAGCAGUGAAUGGGAAUGGCGUGGACACGUCGUUCCGUGAUGCGAUUCUGCCUCUGAGUCGCUACGAACUUGUACUGGUCAUCGGCAAGUGUGUCGUACUGCAGAAUACGCAGACCCAGGAGCUGAGCUUCGUCACGGCACAGGAUCAAACAACGGGAUGUCUCGGGGAGAUCACAGCGGUGGCAUUGUGUGGGAAACGUCAACACCUUUCGGUCUGUCGAGCAGCAGUGAAAAUGAAAAGUGGCGAUGGGAAUCCUGACAGCACGAACUCCCCCGCCUCCAUCACCGUCUACAGCGUCACAACGAGAAUCAAUCCGACAAAAGGUGGGAGUACUCGACGUAUUGCUUUACUCAAGACUCUGGCUGUAACUUGGACAGAUCGACUCGUUAGUACAGCCUUAUCACCUGACGGAAAGUUAGUGAGUGCUCAAGCUGCGAAUUCGAAUUGGAGUCUUGGUGUGUGGGAUUGGGGGCGGGGCCGACAAGUUGCGCUCUCUGAUGUGCAUUGCCGGGUGUCUCGAGUCCGAUUUAACGUCAUUGAUAUGGCCCAAUUGUCCACAAGUGGAGGGAAUCUACUGCGUAUCUGGACGAUGUGUCAGUAUACACUCAAAUCGCUUGCAAGUUUCAAAUCCGGCGACGAGACUAAAGCCAAGAAUGUUGUCAAUUAUGCCGACCACGCAUGGCUACCGGAAGAUGUGCUAGUUGGACUCCUGGAAGACGGAGACGUGCAGUUGAUAAUGAACGCUGAGCUGGUUCAAACGUUGCGUGCAGUUCAUAAAGGUUUGGGCAAAAUGCUGUGCAUGAGCCCUUUGAAUAAUGGCGAAGGAGUCGUCGUAGGAGGCACCCACGGCCUUGUAUCGGUUGUCCGUAUCGUAUCUAAAAUGCUUAAAGCAAACGAAAAGGAAUUGCAUCUCCAACGUCGCGUGCGAGUGCCAAACACGUACCGGAUUCUGAGCGUGAUGACAGACCCUGCGGCUGCAAUGCUGCUUUGCUGUACUGAACGGGGCUAUGGAUCGUACGAUCUCAGUAAUUUGUGUCUUUUACGCAGUGAUGAUGAAACAAUCGCAUUGAGUUCAUUGUCGUCUACGCCAUUAUCGCAAGAAAUGGAGAAACUGAGUGCAGCCUCCAGACGUCCUUGCUUUGCUGCUGCUUGUCGUUUACCCGACGGAGAUGCUGCAGUUCAUGUGUGGAGUCAGACAGAUUGCCACGAGUGCUUUAUAGCUCAUACGCUAGAACAACAAGCGCCUCUAAGUGUGGACAUCCACCCUUCAGGGUCAGAGUUACUCAUGACUUUUUCGUCAAGAUUUCAGAUUUUUUUCGUACUCCAAGACUCUCUACGUCUGGCCUUUGAGAUGCCCCAAAAGCAUCUCACACUCGCUCAGUAUAGCCCCAGUGGUGCGCUCUUUGCUGCUGUACAUGCCACCAACAAGACGAUUUUUGUGUACCAAAGUUUGUCCCGAGUACAGCGUGAGCCGCAACUCGUUGGUAUUUUUCGAGAUUUUCGUGAAAGUAUUGAGCGUUUCCACUGGGCUCUUCACGACAGCAGCUUCUUCGCUGUCGAUGCAGUGGGGGAACUUCGUCUCUGCCAAUUACGGUGGCAGUCCGGCGGUGAAGCUGAAGAUCUGGUUGAAACGCAGAGUGUGGCCCAGAAACUUUCCCGUGAUAAUACCAUUGUGGCAUUCACCAGUAGUUACAUGGACCACGAGAGUCACGACUAUGUUGUGUUCGCAGCUGAAAAACGCGCUUCCAAACGGGAAAGCAGCAGUCAAAGUAUCGUUCGAGCGUGGGUAAAUGGUCAACUGGCCUUCGAUGCACUGUACAGCCUCAAUGAUGGGAGUGCAGGUGAAAAAGUGCCUUUCGAGGUCACUGCACUCGAAUCUGGAACUGGUUUAAGCUCGAACAGAAGCGACGGGAACGCAUACCCGAAUCUGCUCUUCACGGGAACGUCGACUGGUUCUUUAGUAAUCUUUAGUUGGAAAAGGAAACGAGGAUCUCGAACUGGUGAGGGCCACUCGAGGAUACUCCUUUCACGUGCCAUCAAGCGUGUGGACCUACACACAGCUCCCGUUGUUGGGCUCUUCUACGCUACACGAUCAAGGUUACUACUCUCCAAUGCCCAGAACGGUGUCGUUCUGGCCUGUAAGCUCUGUCGAGCGAAUUCUGGAGAGGCCGAGAGCUCAUCCGCCAUCGCGACAGCCAUUCGAGACGAGCAAAACCUCCAUGAGCUGUCCACGAAUGUCUUUGCCAGUAUUUGCCAACCUGAGGAAUUGGCAGUGUACGACCGCAACAAAGUCGAACUGAGUCGCCUUAAGCUGCUGGAUUUGGAUUGUGAAAUGGAGCAGUUUAAGAUGGAGAACGAAAUGCUCAGCAGACAAGUGAGCGAGCAACGAGUAAAGUUUGAGAGUACUCUGGAAAGUGAACUCGCAGCUCAUGCAAGGACGGCGAAAGAGGAGAAGAAAGCUCUGCGUACAGAACUAGAUGUACGACUAGGUGGAGCCAUCCGUGAACGCGAUAGUCAGCUGCGUACAUUAUCCGAAGACGCUCGCUCAGCUCAAGACCAUUACUUGUUAGCACUAGAGAUGCUACAAAAAGAGUGUGAUUCACAACGAGAAGAGCUCCACGCUACCAAGAUGGACCUUGAAGACGAGCACACGCGAGCUCAAGAACGAGAAGUGCAGCUGGAAUAUGAAGGGAGGAAGAAGCUUCGGGAAGCGAAAGCUCACUAUGAUGGUGCCCAGAAGAGGUUAGCCGAUGAACUGGAGUUAACCAAGAGGAAGUUGCAAGAAGUACUAAGUCAGCAAGACCAAGACCAGCUCGUUCAAAUGGGCCUACUAGCCAAUUCUAUUGACUCCGAGAAGCAGAAAGGUGCAACACAAUUAGCAGAGCAGAACGGGAAGGCUGCAGCGUUGAACCAACAAGUUAAAAUGCUGCUAGGAGCGCUCAACCAGAAGGACAACGAGUUACAACAAUUGUGUUGCGACUUUGAUGAACGACUGCAUGAAAUCGAAAUGCUACGUGAGAAGUUGGCAGACGAGAAGGCUCAUACUACGAGAGUCAUGCGUGAGAGAGAUGAGAGUGUAGCUCAACUCGCAGAACAGCGACGCGUGCUCGAGAACUUGCGGCGCUUGGAUGGUGUUCAUCGCUCACAACUGGAACUUCUUCAGAAACAUAUUCUACCCAAAGACCGAGAGUUGGUGCAGAUGCAGGAGCAUUUAAACCAACUGCAUGAUGCCAACCAAGAGGUUGUGGUACAGGCAAACAUCAGUGAUCGACUACGUGUCGAGGCGUCUUCACUAGCGAGGAAACAGGAACGAGAACUAGAGACAACGAGUAAGCGUUUGGAGCGAGUUCGACACUCGAUUGUGGUGCUGCAAGAAGAACUAGGAGAGCUGGUACGACGCAGUGCCGUGCAAGAGAAGAGUGCAAUUGUGACGGAGAUUGGUCGUCUUCACAAGCGAAUGACUCGGCAAUUGGACGCACUACAAGCUCGCGGAGACUCGGCCCCCGAUGAGGUGAACGCCGAACUGCACCGUCAGAACCGCUUCUUACUGCAGAACAAACACUCUCUACGUCGACAACCCUGUCGUUCCAGAAUGCGUCACUCGUGA